UAUGGCGUACGAUUCAUCGGCUCUUGGCGCUCCUUUAGCAAUGUUGGCAGCGCAGUGUAACAAAAUAACAGCGAAAACUCCUCCACCUCUCGCAGAUGCAGCUAUAGGAAAGGGGUUUCACCCUUGGAAGAAAUCCCCCUCUACAACUUCUUCGGGCGUACCGUCACCGCCUGCUCAACAUCUUCGAACAUCUCCGUCUUGUGCACAGAAUAAUCCUACGCCAAAGUCUACCUAUCCUCCUGAAUUGCUGCAGCAUUGUCAAUCGGACACUCUACGUGAUCAGGCGUCGGCUCAACUGAGCGUUUAUACGAGAACUCAUCCAGCUUAUGACUGUUGGGGAGCUAUGAAAGAUCAUGGCUGUAGCACGGCUGCUACAGCAAGUUGGCCAUGGGAAGUUAGUGGAACCAGCGGUACGAGCUGGUCAGCAUUUGACAUGCAUGCGACGUCACCCCUCCAGCUACCUACUAACUAUCAUUCAACAACUUCUCCGGAUUACUCAGCUUUGGCGCUGUCUUCCACACACGCCAGUUUAUUACCAACCGGUAGUCAACAUUUACUACAGGACACUUAUAAGAGUAUGUUGCCAUCAACAACCUCUGGUCAGAGUUCGGCUGAUGUCUUCCUAUCCCGACCAACUCAUGGUCCGUUAUCAAAUAUGCCGUCUCCCCGUUCCCAAAGGCGUUACACAGGAAGAGCGACGUGCGAUUGCCCCAACUGCCAGGAAGCGGAUCGUCUAGGCCCUGCCGGCGUUCACCUGCGAAAGCGGAAUAUACACUCCUGCCACAUUCCAGGUUGUGGAAAGGUCUAUAAUAAAACGUCUCAUUUGAAGGCCCACUUACGAUGGCAUACAGGCGAACGUCCAUUCGUAUGUAACUGGUUGUUCUGCGGUAAACGCUUUACUCGCUCCGACGAAUUACAACGACACUUACGGACCCAUACAGGAGAGAAGAGAUUUGCCUGUCCAGUAUGCAACAAGCGAUUCAUGCGCUCCGACCAUCUCUCAAAGCACGUCAAAACGCAUAAAGAGGGAAAGGAAACCGCCUCAGACUCCGAUUCCACACCGAAUUCACCUCCUUCAAGACCUACGUCAUGA